AUGCUUCCUCUCUUCUUCAAAGUGCUUCCUCUCUUCAACAAAGUGCUUCCUCUCUUCAUCAAGAGCUUCUCUCUCUUCAUCAUGCAGCUUCCUCUCUUCAUCAAGAUGCUUCCUCUCUUCUUCAAAGUGCUUCCUCUCUUCAUCAGCAGCUUCCUCUCAUCAUGCAGCUUCCUCUCUUCACAAAGUGCUUCCUCUCUUCUUCAAAGUACUUCCUCUCUUGAUCAAGUGCUUCCUCUCUCAUCAUGCAGCUUCCUCUCUUCUUCAAGAUGCUUCCUCUCUUCAUCAAGAUGCUUCCUCUCUUCAUCAAAGACUUCCUCUCUUCUCAAGAUGCUUCCUCUCUUCAACAAAGUGCUUCCUCUCUUCAUCAUGCAGCUUCCUCUCUUCACAAAGUGCUUCCUCUCUCAUCAGUAG